AUGGUUUCAAAGAUCUUGUCUAAGUGGGGUAUUGACCAAAAAUUGUGUUGUGCUCAUGUUCUCAAUCUCAUUGCACAAGAUGGACUAAAGCACAUAGACGAGUCUGUGACAUUGAUUCGAUCUAGUAUAGCCUAUGUGAAAGGAUCACAAGCAAGGAAAGUGAAAUUCUUGGAUAUUUGUAAGCAAUUGUCAUCACCAAGUAGUAAGAGGUUGCAUGAAAAUGUCACCACAAGGUGGAACUCAAUUUAUAUCAUGCUUGAUUCUGCUUUAUUUUAUCGGAAAGUAUUUGCGAACCUUGGACUAGUGGAGGACAGUUAUAAAACUUGUCCAAGUUCUGAUCAAUGGUUAAAGAUUGAGAAAUUGAUGGGUUUUUUGCAUCCCUUCUAUGAAAUCACUGUUUUGCUUUCAGGUUCCAUGUAUCCUACAGCAAAUUUGUAUUUUGAAAAUAUUUGGGAGAUUCACAAAAGUUUGUUAGAAGAGGUAUCACAUGGGCUUAGAUUUAUGAGGCCAAUGGCAGUUGAAAUGAAAAAAAAAUUUGACAAAUAUUGGAGGAACUAUAGUCCAAUUUUGGCCAUUGCCUUGGUGUUCGAUCCUCGUUACAAGCUUAGUUUUGUGAAUUGGGCGUUUGCUAAACUUGCUCCCUUAGACCCAAAUGGAAUUGAUAUGGGCAACAAUGUGAAAUCUGAUUUGUAUCAACUUUUUAAUGAGUACAAGAGUAUGCAAGCAAGUGAUUAUGAGAUUCCAGAAUUUAUGCAAUCCGUGAUUGAUGAGGUAGAUAACGGAACUAAAUCUCAGCUAGAUGUGUAUCUAAAUGAACUGAAGAUCCCAUUCAGUGAUGGUGAUGAUGAGUAUGAUGUGUUGGCCUUUUGGAAGGCGAAUGGGUCAAGGUAUCCAGGCGUGGCUCGGAUGGCUCGUUAUGUCUUGGCUAUACCAGUUUCAACGGUUGCAUCUGAGUCAGCUUUUAGCACUGGGGGUCUUGUUAUUGACAAAUAUCGGAGCAAACUACUACCUACCAACGCUGAAGCACUGUUGCUAAAUUAG